AUGAAUUUCCUCCGGCGGCGCCUCUCGGACAGCAGCUUCGUGGCCAACCUGCCCAAUGGCUACAUGACGGACCUGCAGCGCCCAGACAGCUCUACCAGCUCCCCUGCGUCCCCGGCCAUGGAGCGCAGGCACCCCCAGCCCCUGGCGGCCUCCUUCUCCUCUCCAGGCUCCAGCCUUUUCAGCUCCUUCUCCAGUGCCAUGAAGCAGAGCUUGCAGACCCCCUCAGGGCUGAUGGAGCCCCCGGGCCCCUCCAUACCCAUUGUUCAAAGACCCAGGGUCCUGUUGGUCAUCGAUGAUGCCCACACCGACUGUGCGGGAUGGCGGCACACGGAGUGUGGUGUGCACGUGUGUGAGUGCGCGCACCUGAGCCUGGAGGCUGAGCACGCUGAAUUCUCUGAACUGAAUCUGGCUGCCUAUGUUACUGGAGGCUGCAUGGUGGACAUGCAGGUCGUGAGAAAUGGGACCAAGGUUGUCAGGUCCUUCAGGCCGGACUUCAUCCUGGUCCGCCAGCAUGCCUUCAGCAUGGCCCUGGGCGAGGACUACCGCAGCCUGGUCAUCGGCCUCCAGUACGGGGGGCUGCCCGCUGUCAACUCCCUCUAUUCUGUCUACAACUUCUGCAGCAAGCCCUGGGUGUUCUCCCAACUCAUUAAGAUCUUCCAUUCCCUGGGUCCUGAGAAGUUCCCACUGGUGGAGCAAACGUUUUUCCCCAACCACAAGCCAAUGUUGGUCGAAGGCAUGUGA